CAUUUCUUCCGUUCGUCUCGAUCAAGUCGGUCGCGUUUUCUCGUUGAACAGUUGUUCCUUUGCGCAAGGGGAAAAUUUUCCGCUUCUCGGUGGAAAACGGCCUCCUAGCUAGUAGCUGGAGUAAGGCAACAGUUGUGGAGUGUGAUUUUGUUGAACCACAGGAGAAGUGUUCCAACGGGAUUCUAGUUCGUGCGUGCGGGUGCACCGCUAAGAAAUUUGAAAAAUGUGAAUUGCGAAGCCAUGUUGAGCAAGAGUGAAAGGGAAAAAUUGUCGGUGUUUAUAUAAAUUUAGAAUCGGUUGAAGCUCUACCCUCAUCUGAAUGCAGGCGGCCGAUUUGUAUAGUGGAGUACAGUGUGCGAAUGCUAAUUAGCUGGGUGUUCGGUUGUGUCGUUUUAUUCGUCGUUGAUACAUUUGUGGCUCACCAUUGCUAGUCAGGUUCUGGUGGUGAAACAAGUCGAACAGCUGAAGAACAUUCAGAGUGUACUGAUGUCUUCACACAGUGAAACCUGAAACCGAACGGCAGAUUUAGCUCAUAAGGAAAUUUCUUUCAAGUGCUUAAAAGAAAACAGCAACUGCUUUCCAUGUGCUCGUGAGGGCAAUAAAUUUCGCCUGAGAAAAUAAUCACAUCGCAAGUCAAACAUUCGGCGGCAGCAAGAAAACACGAACAUUUAUUCAUCGGUGUUUUUCUCGGUACUGGCUGUCCGGUGUUGUUCGAGAUCGUGAAACGUUGCAGAUAGUGUUCGAUUCGAUGACAAAUUGGUUGAAGCAUUUGCACUCGAUUAGCAAGAAUAGCACUAUUGCAGUGAAAGAAAACCAACAGCAGCACUCACGGAACUGGGUAGUGGUGGUAGCGGAUGCACCAGAGGCCGGCAAGUGAAGGAAACUCGCAAAACACACACCACACUGCACGGAGCGAAAGUGUGGUGGAAAUUCUCGGCCCCCGAUCAAGUCGACUAGAGCUACUGGUGGAACGUAAGAUCGACGCCGCGGCUUACCCAAGUCGUGCAGUCAGCCAGCAAUCAAUUCACCCGCCGCCAUUUGUGAGUGCCAAAUGAAACAAUGGCAGGACACGGAUCGACGGCCACUGGGAGGAAAUCCAACGGGAACAUUCACAAGAUCCGCGAGUUCGAGCUGGACAAGGUCACCCUUUCCGAUGAGUUCGACAUCCUGCAGAUCGUGGGUGAAGGCUGGUUCGGUAAGAUUCUGCUCGUCGAACAUCGGGCCACCGAUACGGAGAUGGUGCUGAAGCUGCUACCGAAACCGUUCGUGUCGCUGACGGAUUUCUACAAGGAGUUUCAUUUUAGCCUGCAUCUGGGUAACCACAAGAAUAUCGUGACCACGUACGAUGUGGCAUUCGAGACGGCCGGGUUCUACGUGUUCACGCAGGAGUAUGCGCCACUGGGCGAUUUGACUUCAAAUGUUUCGGACAGUGGGAUAGGAGAGUUACAUACGAAGAGGGUCGCUCGGCAGCUGGCUUCUGCUAUCGAUUAUAUGCACCAGAAGGAACUCAUCCAUCGAGACGUCAAAUUGGACAACGUGCUGGUAUUUCGUUCCGAUUUUGCUCGCAUUAAACUGUGCGAUUUUGGUGAAUCACGCCGCAUUGGGGAAGAGGUUCUGCGGCGGAAUGAAUGGUUACCGUACAGCCCACCGGAGGUGCUAACGGUGAAAACUGAUGAUAAAUACAAGACUGAUACUGCACACGAUGUUUGGCAAUUUGGGAUUGUAUGUUUCGUAUGCCUGACGGGAUGUCUGCCAUGGCAGAAAGCCUCCGCAGAUGAUCCCCGGUUCUACAGAUAUCAACAGUGGCACAAUGCCACACUGACGUUUCCAAUGAAACGAUGCCCCAAGCUGUUCAAGCUGCUGUCGGCAAGGGCUUGCAAAAUCUUUAAAAAGUUUCUUGAUCCUCGGCGAGAACGACGACUGAAGACGCUGAGCGAUGUGCAGAAGUAUCUGGAUGAUAGGUGGCUCGCAAAGAGUGCAGAAAAAGAAAUGGCCGAAAAUGAACCUGAUGAACUGUGUCCCUCCAUGUAUUCGUUUCACAGUAGUGUUGAAGAGAAGAAUCGGCUCCUGUCCACUUUGGCUCAAUGUGGCAUCGAAACUACGGUCGAUCGUAUUGCAAAGAAAAAUAGGAUCCGCGACUGGAUCCAAUCCUCGGUGAUCAUGGAGGAGGAAGAAGAGGAUGACUCUGGAUCGGCUACUCCGACAUCUACCGCUUCUAGAACGGCGGUUCCUGGUCAUGUCUCCUCGGUAGCGGCAAUGGAGCGGGCGGAAAAGAAGAUCAACACUACCGUUAAAGACGCUUCACAGAAGCACAUCGAUCCUAGGACGGGAACUGUCCAAGUGAGCCCCAGCGAGAUGGGCUCGGUAGCGGUCAACCAGUCUAUACAAAUUAAGAACGAUAGGAACAACAACCAGAAUGCGUCCAAACAACCACAGGAAAAUGGCAGCAAUUUCAACUCGGCACGAUUCUACGACGAAACUGUUCCGAUCAACCCUUUAGCAACGAGUAAUAGUGCUCCGAGUGCCCAAGGCUUGAUGAAGGCAUUUAAUUCCAUAGCAGCAGUAACUGUUCCAGAAGUGAACGGUUUUCACCGGAACAAUGGAACAAAUAACUCAGAGCACACCAUCCGAGACAGUGGCUAUGGAGGAUCUGUCGACAGUAGCCGACAACAACAACAACUGCAACAACAGGGUAAAAUGUCCGCGUUGACCAAACGAUCUCCAGCCCUAUCAAAACGUUCCGCCAUGAUCAAAUCGGAAAACACUACCCACGAAGAGGACGACGAGCUGGUUGAUCGUGAGUUUUCCAAUGACUUUGAUGAUCUCGAGCUGGAUCAGGGCUCCAACGAACGCCUGAGCGCGAUCAACGGGAGGCAAAACAUCACAACCACCACCACGACAACCACCAAAGACAGUCCGUAUGAUAGGUUCUUUUUUAGAAGGAAGUGAUCUACAGUAGACCAGCUGGCAGGUUUCAAAUGUUCUGAUUUACUCGCGCGCACCGUUUUUAUGCACCUAGUUUUCUUUUGUAUGUGGAUUAAGUCAACAGUACGAGAAGAAGAAGAGAAAGCAGAAAAGGCUACGAUUGGAUAGUGUUCUUUGUUGUUUGAAACAACCGCACCGGUGUUCGUUUCGUUCAACUGUGUGUUCUUUACAUCAUCAAUCACGGCACUUUUGGAGCACAUGACUUUAUGACUGUUAUUUUAUAAACAAAUGUAGAUUCGGAUAGUAAAAAUAAA